AAAACCGGGGCUAAAGCGUCCAGACAGCCGAGGAAACCUUCAUCUUUCCUUCCCGGCGGUGUUUGUCCGGUUCCUGGCGAGACUUGCUACCAAAACGGCCAUCAAAGAUCAUUCUCAGGGUUUCUGCAGCUUCAGGUCAGUCCCUAUUAAACCACUCUGCAGCUAAAGCCUUACUUACCUAAAGCCCUCAUUAUGAUGCAAAUCAGCAACGACCCGGCCAGCAACAAGCACUCCCUCCUCAACGUCAUGCACCGCUUCAUCGCAGCCGCCAACAACAUGGACGAGACCAUCAUGGUGCCCAGCCUGCUCCGAGACGUCCCGCUGGAGGAGCAGGCCAACAACAACAACAACGACGACGAGGAGGAGGCCCAGGUCGCCAGCAACAAGCAGAGGGACAUGUACGAGCACUACCUGCUCCUCAAGUCCAUCAAGAACGACAUGGAGUGGGGCCUGCUGAAGCGGGAGAUGAGCAGCGGGGCCAGCUUCCUGGAGAUCGCCGUGAAGCAGGAGGAGCAGCAGCAGCCCCCGGUGAAGGGGGAGCUGCCCGUGGAGGACAACGCGGACCUGGAGCAUCAGUUUCAUUAUCACCUCAGGGGACUGUUUGGCGUGCUGUCCAAGCUCACGCUGCAGGCCGACCACCUCACCAACAGAUACAAGAGAGAGAUCGGAGGUGGAAACUUCAUGAGAUAGAAGUGUCUCCAUCUCUUUCUCUCUCUCUCUUGCACUGGACUGCUUCAACCUUACCCCCUUUUUUUUUAUUUUGUAAAAGAUCUGAUCUGACCAGGGCACUCUCUGUUGCACUCCACCUUCCUUUCACCUGAAGUCGGUGAUGCCGGCACAGAGGCGGCCUGCUUGUUCAGAGGCCGGCUCUGUGCUCGGCAGAGGUCUUCUCACUUGUCUCCCCCCCCAGCCAGAUGACGCACAGCUCUUAUUUCUACAGAACCUUACCCUCUCCAUGUUUUCAGGUUCAGACAUGUUUGUGAAUAAAAAGGUUCCUGCUUGCAGGAGACGUUGAAUGCUGGUUGUUCUUCCCCUACCCUUUUUAUUUCUCAAUCUUUAAAGCUGAGCUGAAGGGCUCUUAACUGUACAAAGUUUUAAUUCCUUUCCCACUUGUUGCCUUGGCUUCAUACUUUUUUCUACACGUGCCCCGAUCAGAUCAUUGUGACAGUUUUAACAGCUCAAUGUUUGUCCUUGUAUUUCAAAACCAGUUUUAUAUUGAUGCAUAAAAUGCAUUACAGCUGAAUAAAUGGUAAUGUUUA